AUGGAUAGAAUCAGAGUGCAGAUGGCUGUGCUUGAAAAAAAGUUUGACAUACUGAGGGAUAAUGCAGGUAAAUCAUCAAAUGCGAGCAGCGUGUAUAAUGAUUCCACUGGUUCGGCAGUGUCGGCCGAAGGAUUGUCUACAGGCCAACACAGCCACACCGCACACCUUAACGAAAUCAGCGUUUUGGAUGAGAAGCUGCAAGGGCUCAAAAAAAUGACAAUUGCUGGUAAGCCUUCAUGGAUAACCUUUUUAGGCCCAUUAUCUAGAUUUUGGCUAUUCUAUUCACGCGAUAUGCUUCGAAACAUGCUUAGCGGUAUGCGAAGCAUUAUGAAUCAAUAUAAACAGAUCUGGACUCAGACUCAUGACCAGAUGGUACAGGGCAUGGGUUUAAUUGGAGACUCAGAAAAGGAGGACGUCGUUGUUAAACUGAUCAAUCAGAUCAUAUGCCCAAACUAUCAGGCUUUUUCAGAGCGUCUUACAUACUUUGAAAAUCAGUUGAACGGCAUGAUAUUUGGGGGCUUUAUCCCGAUGGAUGUCAUCCACUCACUAUUCUCAUCAUAUUUUACUGAGUCGAAUGAACCAGCGAAGUUAUGCGUAUUCAAUAAACCAGAGAAGCCCUUUUUUUAUGCCGAUAUUGCGGUUGUGGUAGCUUUAGUCCACCUAGUCGUUAUUUUUACGCAGAACAACACUCAAAAGCGACAGUUUAACCAUCACCUUGAUGCUUCUACCAGUAUACUCAGCUCGCUGGCAGUGAACUUGAUGGAUAUUUCACAGUUCAGGAGAAAGCGCACGCAAGAGGCACUACUAGCGGUUAUCCUCUUGCGUUCGGGCUUAUAUGUCUUCGAGAGCUCGAAGGGACUUGCAGGAGAAGUUGACUCUUAUCCGAUUUUCCAGACUGCCUUGGAUAUGUGCUAUCAAUUAGGUAUUCACUCCGAUCCUGAUAUAGCGAACAUGUUCAUUUUCAAAAAUGACCAAUUCAUGAAAACCAGAGUGAUGUCCCACCAGGAGAUCAGGGAACUAUGGAAUUACAUGCAGAUAGAGGAUGCAUGCUAUUCUGUGGGUACCGGCUCACCGUUGCAGAUAAGCUACACUUUUUCCGCCGAAUUUCAUCGGAGAUCUGACUUCUUUUUUGAAAAUAAACGAGAAGAGGCUUUGAAGCUAAUGAGAGAUGUGGCUCUAAUUGUUAACUCUCGGAGGGCUGUCUCGAUCAGGGAGAUCCUUGACUUAAUUCAUGCCAUGAUAGAGUUCUGCCGCCAAUUGCCUUGCCAUAUGUUUGUGCCAGGAGGGACUGUUGGCGAUAUAGAUGAACUUGCGGCACUUUGCCGUAUCAAAUUAAUAUUUUUUCAGACAUUGCAGUGCUUGUGUCGAAUGGUGAUGGUUGGCAUAAAGGAUUUGCAUCGUAAGGAUUCACCUUCAAUUCAUGACAAGGUUACUGCCAAUAUUUUGAGUAAUAUUACAAGAGAGAUGUUUAGACAGUCUCUAGUUUCCUGUGCGUUGUCGCUACAUGAGAUUUUACUGAUCUGUGAGGGAAAGAGUAUUUUUGGUUCUGACAGAAACAGCAAGUACGUUGUCUUCCUAAGAGAGACAUUCUGCCGUACAUUUGGACAGUCAUUUAUUCUUUGGUUCACAUACUUACUCCCGCGCGCAACGAAGGAUUCGGAGCUUAUCGGCGAGUUUGAAAAGGAGACAACGCUCUUUGAAUACCCGCCCAGAGAAAAUAGCUACGAGGGUGAGAUGGACUACAAAGUUUUAGAACGAGCCCUAUAUUACCAGCAUAGUCAGGAGAGUCCUGAAUUCAGUGAAAGGCUUUGUGCACGAUUACUCCUCCCAUCUGAAUUGAUUUCAUUUGCUUCCGAUUUCUACAAAGAAGUGAGCGAAAAUGAAAUUAUGAAGAACAACCUUGAUUCCUUCUUGAUGGCCAAGACCGUUAUCAUCUGGAGGUAUAUUACUGAGGCCAUCGAGGAAUCCAAAAAUUCAUGCAGCACAAAGGAAACACGGGUUCCUGAUAUCAUUUCUAGAGCUAGAGAAAAGCUAGAGAGAGAUUUUUGUCUAGAAGGAGAUAUUAUACAGCUGGAAACACAGGGAAUACAAUUCGAGAAAAUGCUUGAUUCUCUCUUUGCGGAACAGGAUUGGCUUAACAUUCCUGCGGGUUUAAACUUUGAAGGCGGCCAAUCGAUACCUACAAGCGUGGCCACUAGCACAACAAACACUCUCGAUGCGUCAAGAAGCGACUACAUCGAUGCAGAGUCACUGAGCGACUAUCAUGCUUUGACAGGAAAGGGUAACGAAAUAUAG